AGUGGGGUUGGGAGAUGUAAGAAGGCGCAGACAGCAAGAAAGAGAAGUAGCACAGGAAGUGGCUGAGGUCUCGUUUAAGGCUAAGAAACGUUGAUGCGCACCCAAACGCUUCAGCUCUCCAAACCAGCUGUCGCAGCGCAGCAGGCAUUUUCUUCUGUAUUCCUCUCGGAGAUUUGGUUUGUUAGACGAACAGGCUGGAGGGAGGCCUAGGGUCCAGUCUGCUGAAGAGAAUUUCUUCCAGAAAGUCUCACCAGCGUAACAACCAGCAUCCUCAGCCAGAGGAGGCCAAUGAAAUGGGGGGAAGUGGAGAUGACAGCGGGCCAGGGAGGCUGAGCCGCAGAUUGUCUCGCCUGGGCAGCAGGCAUCAGUCCAGGGAUCCUCCAAGACCUCCCGCUCAGCCGGAGAGACUUCCUGCUCCACCUGACAGACCUGUUCAACAAGAUGACAGGCCUUCUCCACCAGCCCCUGCUCCACAUCCACCUCCAGCUCCGGUUCCUGCUCCAGCUCCACUGCCCUCACCCAUGGAAAUGCCACCUAAGCGCCCAGACAAAUCCACAAAACCCAAACUUCCCCCUCGGCCGCUGUCCAAGGUGUUCAGCAGCACUGACCAUGGAGCAGCUGUUUUGCAGGGCUUUGAUGCUUUUCGAGCAGAUGAGACUCUCUGUGAUGUUGUCUUGGUUCCCGGGGACAGCACAGCCACUUUCCCAGUCCACAGAGUCAUCAUGGCUUCAUGCAGUGACUAUUUCAAGGCAAUGUUCACAGGAGGCAUGAGAGAGCAGGAGAUGAGAGAGAUCAAGCUGCAUGGGGUCACUAAGUCGGGUUUAAAGAACAUUAUAGACUUCAUUUACACAUCCAAAGUCAGCCUCGACAUGGGUAAUCUCCAGGACACGCUGGAGGCUGCAAACUUCUUGCAGGUCAUGCCUGUCCUGAGCUUCUGUAAUCAGCUUCUGAGCAGUGAGCUCACUAUUGAUAAUUGUGUGGAGGUGGAGAACAUUGCCACAGACCUGCUUCUGGAGGAUGUUCAGCAGAACAUAGGUGAGUUUGUGAGCCAGAACCUCUCAGAGUUGGUGGAGUGUGGCCGCUACCUCCAGCUCUCUGAAACCACCAUGGCCAAAGCUCUGUCCAACAACUCCCUGAAGGGUUUCUCUGAGAUGGACCUCUACCACAUCGCCAAAGGAUGGCUUGAACACAACUCCCCCAGUCGCCGCUCCUCUGUCUACGCCUUGAUGCGGCAUAUUCGCUUCCCAUUAAUGAGCCCCAGCGAGCUGAUUCAGAUCUCCCAGGAAGAAGAAGAGGGAGGAGACUCCAUGAUGCGCUCUGAGACAGCCUGUGUGAACCUCCUGCUGGAGGCCAGCAACUACCAGAUGAUGCCUUUCAUGCAGCCAGCUCUGCAGACUGAUCGCACACAAAUACGCUCAGACGACACCCACAUCCUGGCUCUGGGUGGUGUGAUGCGGCAGCAGCUGGUGGUGAGCCGGGAGCUGAGGCUGUAUGAUGAAAAGACGGGCUAUUGGAGGGCGCUGAAGCCCAUGGAGGUACCGCGUUACCAGCAUGGAGUGGCUCUUCUAGGCGGCUUCCUCUUUAUUGUUGGAGGCCAGAGCACUUACGACACCAAGGGUAAGACGGCCAUUGACAACGCCUACCGCUACGACCCGCGCUUCGACAAGUGGCUGGAGAUCGCUUCACUCAACGAUAAGAGGACUUUCUUCCACUUAAGCACUCUGAAGGGGAAACUGUUUGCAGUCGGAGGAAGAAAUGCCUCAGGAGAGAUUGACACGGUGGAGUGCUACAACCUGAAGAAAAAUGAGUGGACAUUUGUGAACAAUAUGGUGGAGCCUCACUAUGGACACGCUGGAACAGUUCAUGGGGAUCUAAUGUACAUCUCAGGGGGCAUAACCCGUGACACGUUCCAGAAGGAGCUUUGGUGUUACGAUCCCAUCGCCGACACGUGGAGUCGUCGCGCCGACAUGGUGGAGCUCCGCGGCCUACAUUGCAUGUGCACCGUAGGAGACAGACUCUACGUCAUGGGCGGGAAUCACUUCCGAGGCAGCAGCGACUACGACGACGUCCUAGGCUGCGAAUACUACAGCCCGGAGACAGACCAGUGGACGGUGGUGGCGCCAAUGUCAAAGGGCCAGAGCGAUGUCGGCGUGACAGUGUUCAACGGACAGAUCUAUGUGGUGGGGGGGUAUUCCUGGAACAGCAGAUGCAUGGUUGACAUUGUGCAGCGUUAUGAUCCAGAGCAGGAUGUGUGGGACCAGGUGUUCAAUGUGCUGGAGCCUCUGGGGGGGAUUCGUGCCUGUACAAUGACAGUUACACUGCCAGAGGGGUCAGUGGAUGAAGCUCAGAUACAGGAGUGCCCGUUGCCAACAGCAAAGAGCUGAUCAUGCACCACAGACGUGGGGGGUUUCCAACUCUGUCAGACCAGAAUUGACAAGAAGAAAAUGACCUGCAUGCUGUGAC